AUGGCAGAAAGCAAAAAUGCUAGAUCAAGGCGGAAAGGUAUCAUGUUCCAAAAGAAGACUUCUAAGCAAUAUGUCAAGAUAAACAAUAUACCAAAGAUGCUUGACUUGACAGGGAUUGAUGUGAACAGUGAGAAUUCAGUGCUUUCAACCGUUACUGCGUUCAGUGAUGAAAACUAUAUAUCACGUUCCCCAUAUGAUAACGGUACAAGUACGACUUCAGCUGAUUUGGAUCAACAAAAUACUGAUGUCAAUGACUCCAGUGUGCCAACUAUUACCUCUAUCCAUCAAGAUUAUUGGGACGCAGGGGAUCCUACUUUUGUUUGCGAGCAUUGUGGAGCACAAAUGUGUCUUCUGCCUGCUGAUAGUCAGUCUCCAAAAUUUGCUCAACUUUAUAUUUACGACACUGAGCAUGAAGUGGACAACAGACUUGGUUGUCUAAGUUCCACCAGUACUGAAGAUAUGCUUGAUCCUGAAAUUAUCCGAUUAUUGAAGGAGAUGUUCGAUAAGCACAACAGUAUAGCUCAGUCUUUCAGGUACGCUAGAGACCGUUAUAAGGAAGAUGACUUUAAUGGUGUAAAGUUGAGGCUUAUUCGAAGGCGUGGUAGUGAUGGAAGAGUUUAUAAUCUUCCGACAGCAUCCGAAGUGGCAGCUUUGAUUGUUGGAGAUAUAGACAGUGCUAUGGGCGAUAGGGAUAUCAUUAUUGAAACACAAGAUAGAGUAUUGCAGCGCAUCGAUGUGAAGCAUCCAUUAUAUCUUGGCUUGCAGUAUCCAUUGUUAUUUCCAUACGGUGAAGACGGUUAUCGUGAUGAUGUCCAGCGUACUGUAUCCAGUGGUAGGAAAAAUGCAAGAGCCAUGAUCAGCAUGAAGGAAUUUUUUUCGUUUAGACUUCAGAUGCGAUCUGGAGAAUCAGAAAUUCUACAUCGAUCAAGGAAACUUUUCCAACAAUUUCUGGUUGAUGCAUACACUAUGAUUGAGUUUGAACGGCUUAAUUUCAUUCGAUAUAACCAGAGUCAUCUGAGAGCUGAGUUGUACAAAAAUAUAAAACAUUCAUUAGAUAGCGGUGAAGAUGCAGCACUGAGCACUGGAAAACGUAUCAUUAUACCUUCUUCAUUCACAGGCGGACCUAGAUAUAUGGCUGAAAAUUGUAAAGAUGCUUUCGCAAUUUGCCGUUGGGCUGGAUAUCCUCAUCUUUUUAUAACAAUUACCUGCAAUCCUAAGUGGCCAGAAAUUACACGAUUUGUUAGGGCCAGACAGCUGAACCCUGAAGAUCGGCCUGAUAUUCUAUGCAGAGUCUUCAAGUUCAAAUUGGACCAGUUGCUACAUGAUUUAAAAAAGGAAAAUAUUCUUGGCAGAGUCAUUGCAUAUGUUUGUACAAUCGAAUUCCAAAAGCGCGGACUACCUCAUGCUCAUAUUCUUCUAUUCUUGAACCCUUCAAGCAAAGCUGAAAGUGCUCUUGAUAUUGAUAAAUUGAUUUCAGCGGAGAUACCUGACAAGGAAACGAAUCCUACGCUGUUUAUGGCUGUCACGAGUUACAUGAUACAUGGUCCAUGUGGUCCUGAAAAUUACAAAUCUCCUUGCAUGAAGGACGGACGGUGUUCAAAAAAAUUUCCAAAAAACUUCUGCUCCCGUACUUUGAUUGACGAUGAUGGAUUUCCUCAUUAUAAGAGAAGAAAUGAUGGGAGAGUUGUGAACAAAAAUGGUGUUGAACUUGAUAAUCGUUAUGUUGUGCCCUAUAAUGCACACCUUCUUUUAAAGUACCAGGCUCAUAUCAACGUUGAAUAUACUUGCCAGAGAAGUGCCAUUAAAUAUCUUUUUAAAUACAUCCACAAAGGGAAUGACAGAGUGACAGCUGCCAUAAAUCAUUCGGACGAUGAAAUAAAAAUGUUUUAUGACUGCAGGUACUAA